AUGUCUGAUUUCUCGAGCUUCAAGGGCAAGUUUCGUGUUCACAAGGAGGCGCUCCACGGACCCACCGCCAAAGUCACCAAACGGCCCCGAGAAUCGCUAGCCUGCAACCAAUGCAAGAGAGCCAAGCUUCGAUGCGAUCGAAGGCAGCCAUGUAGUUCAUGCACCCGAAAGGAUGAAGCUGCGCUAUGCUCAUAUCAGCGCACCUCCCCCGGAAGUAGCCAUUCGGCUACGGCGGAAGACCGACUCGCCCAUCUGGAGUCCCUAGUCAAGGAUCUGAUGCAGAAUCCCAACCUCGGACGAUCUGAGAUCAGUAAUACUCCAGUGGAAGUCCAGUCGGUCGGAGACCCAAGAGUGGCAGAUCAGAACCUGGACGAAGGUAGAUAUGUCGGCUCUACUCAUUGGUCUGCCAUCCUGGACGAUAUCCAGGAGCUCAAGACAGCCGUGGCCCACCGGCAAGAUGCCCCAGGGCCUAGCUCGCGGGAUCUACCACCAUCACCGGGCUUCAACAAAGAAUCUAUCAUUUUUGGAUCACCUAGUGAUUACCCCUUGGAUCAGGUUAUGGGCCAACAUCUCCCUCCCAAGGUGGAGGUUGACCGAUUGGUCGCGAUAUACUUUCAAGGAGAGAACUUCAUCAUUCCGUUCAUUCAUACACUUCAAUUCCAACGCCAGUAUAGAGCCUUCUGGGCUGACCCCGCUCAGGUCAAUCCCCUGUGGCUGUCCAUUCUGUUCUCGAUUUGCUCGGUGUCCACCUUGAUUCGUGGGGCUGUUGGCAUCUCUCCGACGUCCAAGGAGGAUUUGAUUACCAAAUCCUGUCAGUUUAUUGAAGCAUCUGGGAAAUGUUUGGUUCGAGGAGGAUACCAUCGCCCUCAGCCAUUAGUACUCGAGGCACUAAUAAUGUAUGCGCAAUGCAAAAAUAUGCAAUCCCUCGAUCCAUCGCGCGAAGCUGGUGCAAUCUUUGGGAUGGUCGUUCGCAUGGCUCACGAGAUGGGAUAUCAUCGGGAUCCAGACUCGCUAGGGUCAUUUUCACCUUUUGAAGGUGAGAUGCGGCGGCGCUUUUGGGCCUUAUGCAAGCAAGUGGACUUGAUGGUCUCUUUUCAGCUCGGCCUCCCCAGCAACAUUUGCCUUGAGAACUGCGAUACUAAGUCCCCCCGAAACUUAACCGACUCUGACUUCGACAUUGACACGGAGAUCCUUCCCCCGUCGCGCUCGGAAGAUGAGCCGAUUGGGUUACUAUGGUUCAUUGUCAAAGAUCGACAGAUGGCUAGCUUCUACCAGGUAUGCCGCGACGCUCUAAGUUUCCAUGAAAAGUCCCAUACAGAGAUUUUGCAACUAGAUAUUGAAAUCCGACGGAUGUACACAACCAUCCCAGACGUCCUACGGACACGGCCACUGGCUGACUCGAUUGCUGAUCCUCCAUUUUUGAUCAUGACCCGGAUCUAUGUUGAAUUCAUUUAUCUAAAGAGUCUGUGUGUCUUUCAUCGCAAGUACAUGACUCGAGGCAAUCGAUUCAGUACUGAAUCUUGCAUGGAAGCUGGCCAGCGGCUGGUCCGCCAAUUUAUCGAUAUUUAUGCCGAGUUUUCACCCGGUGGUCGGUUGCAUGGUCAUCGCUGGAUGCUGACCAACUUUACGAUGAAUGAUUUUCUCCUGGGUGUGAUGGUGCUCUGCUUGGUUGUUCAUAUCCACCGACGGGGCCCACGAUCUUCAGUUACCGACCCGCAAGCCGAGGACAACAUUUUGCCGUUGCUGAAGCAGGCGCAUGCAAUCUGCGUGGAAAAGUCCUCGGAGAGUCGGGAUGCCCGGUAUGUUUCACGUGCCAUCGCAGCACUUUUAGAUGGACCGAUGACCAGAGUCGUGGCGCCCGCCUGUUCUGCGGACCAAACCUGCAAUGCGAUGGAUGAUGGUGUCUCUUUGGGUUGGUUGGACCCGUUUUCCAUCGAAGACAACGAGGGUCUAGAUUGGGGGCAGCUUGAUUCGCUCCUUUUAAACCACCCGGGAGAUGGGACAGGGAAUGGAUAA